GAGCAAAAUUCUUUAGAAUCUGAGAAACCCUCUCUCUGUUUCCGAAUAAAAGUUGAGAAAGAGCAGGGUUUAGAGGUUUAUGGUCUCAGUCGGACAAAGUAGGAAGUUUUCUAUUCUUUCAUCUUCUCGCCCUUCUCCUUAUUAUAUGAGUUAGGUCACGUGAAUCCGAAAAUCCCAAGCUUAACUGUGGCGGUUUUGCGGAGGAAUAUAACUCAGCUAAUAAUAACGGCAAACUGCCUGUUCCUCAGGCGGUGCAAUAGUUAUACGUAUCAGAACCUAAGGAAAUCCCGCCCCGCCGCUAUUCCAACUGAUAGAACACCCCUCGGCCGCCGGCGACAAUGAAGCCUUCGAGGAAUUUGGACGCUGGAACAGAUUUAAUGAGCUUGGAGAGUCAUGGUGGAGACAUCAUCGUAUUGCCCGCGAAAAAGAAGAAGGAAAAGAAAGGGAAAAAUCAGGCAUCGGAAAAGCUCAAUACAAAAAAGAAGCCUAAAUUAAGCAAGUCCCAGAAAAGAAAGUUGAAGAAGCUUGAGGAGGAGAAGGAAAAGGAAAUGCUUCUAUCAAAAAGCAUCGAGACAUUGGAGAAGUACAAGAUUCGAGAGGAUGUGUAUUCCCUUAUGUGGUCUUCAAGGAACUUGGGUCAGGUUGAAACUGUUCGAGAAAAACGGAGAAGAGAAGUUGAGUUUGCUAAAGUGGGUUUGGAAUUGCCAGAUAGCGCUCAACCUUUCAAGAAAAGGGCAACUAAUAAUUCAUCUCAAAACAUAGAAGUGAAGGAGGACAAAAUCCAAUCACAGGCGAUCAAUGACAGUGACCACACACAAUCAUCUUUGGCAGAAAGGGUGAUCCUUAAUGACACAUCUAUCUCAACAGGAUCUUGUGAAAAUGAAGUUUGUGGUGAUGGACCCAUGACUUCUAAUGGGGAAGGUGUUCUUUCAAGCAGGGAAGUGGCUGGUGAUGCUAAUCAACCAUCAAAGCCAGAACCUCUUCCAAAGUCUACUCAAUCAUUUCCCCAGGAUGCAGAUAUGAUUAAGUCUAUGGAUACAAUAGCUGGGGGUCUGAAAUAUAAUCGUAAUCAUGAAAAUAACCGGGAUAACCUUUCUUCGGCACGAAAUAACACUGCUCCAACGGUGGUGCACGUGUCAAGACCAGAGGAUGUAGAAAAGCAAAGGAUGGGUCUUCCCAUAGUCAUGAUGGAACAAGAAAUAAUGGAAGCUAUAAAUGAGAAUAUCAGUGUGAUUAUAUGUGGUGAGACUGGGUGUGGUAAGACAACCCAAGUUCCUCAGUUUCUUUACGAGGCUGGCUUUGGAUCAAACCAUUUAACUACUCGAGGUGGUAUUAUUGGUGUCACCCAACCUCGCCGAGUCGCUGUACUUGCAACUGCCAAGCGAGUGGCAUAUGAGCUUGGGCAUCAAUUGGGUAAGGAGGUGGGCUUUCAAGUUAGGCAUGACCGAAGAGUUGGAGAAAAUUGCUCAAUCAAGUUUAUGACUGAUGGAAUCUUGCUUCGAGAAGUGCAGAGUGAUUUUUUGUUGAAACGCUACUCCGUAAUAAUUUUGGAUGAAGCUCAUGAGAGGAGUCUGAAUACAGAUAUACUCAUUGGGAUGCUUUCUCGAGUCAUCCAAGAGCGUCAAAGGGAAUAUGAAGAGCAGCAGAAGAGGAUUCUUGCUGGCGAAACUAUUGAAAAGAAUAAUAGGAUAUUCCCAUUGAAACUUGUGCUGAUGAGUGCUACACUGCGUGUGGAAGAUUUUGUGUCUGGUGGAAGAAUUUUUCGUACUCCUCCACCUGUGAUAGAAGUUCCAACCCGACAAUAUCCAGUUACCACACAUUUUUCGAAGAAGACAGAGAUUGUCGAUUAUAUUGGUCAGGCUUUUAAGAAAGUUUUAUCAAUUCACAAGAGAUUGCCACCGGGGGGUAUUCUUGUCUUUGUGACAGGGCAGAGAGAGGUCGAGUACCUUUGUCAGAGGUUGCGUAGAGCUUCUAGAGGGAUAGUUGCAAAUGUAGCCAAAGGAAAAAAUGAGGCUUCUCCUGUCUGCAAAGAUAUACCUCCGGAAGAAAAUGAUAUAAAGGAGAUCAGUGAGGCAUUUGAUUUUCAAGGUAACUCCGGACAUGAGAUUACUGAACGUUUUAGUUCUUACAUGGAGGAGGAUCAUGGAGAUCUCUCAGAAGAUGAAUCUGAUGUAUCCUAUGAUUCAAUAGAAGACAGUGAUCUGGAAUUUUAUAGUGAUGAAGAGAAUCAGUCAAAACCUGUAGAGUCUGAUAUGAAGUUUUCAGACAUUCUGGGAGCAGAGGGAAGCCUUGCUUCACUGAAGACUGCUUUUGAAGCCUUAGCUGGGAAAAAUGCUCCCAAUCCUCCUGCUGAGGUCCAAGAUGUUGCCCAAACACUAGAAGGCACGAAGCAAUCCAGUUCCACUGUUGAAGAAAAUGUUGAGAAAAAUAAGGGUUUGUCCGCUGGUCCUAUGCGUGUUCUGCCACUUUAUGCCAUGCUUCCUGCUUCAUCCCAGCUUCGUGUAUUUGAAGAGGUUAGGGAAGGAGAACGUCUUGUCAUUGUUGCCACUAAUGUGGCGGAGACCUCUUUGACAAUUCCAGGAAUUAAGUAUGUAGUUGACACUGGAAGAGAAAAGGUCAAGAAUUAUAACUCUUCCAAUGGCAUGGAAACAUAUGAGAUACAGUGGAUCAGUAAGGCUUCUGCAUCGCAGCGUGCAGGAAGAGCUGGAAGAACUGGGCCAGGACACUGUUAUCGCCUGUAUUCUUCAGCAGUCUUUAAUAACUUAUUUCCUGAUUUCUCAAGUGCUGAAAUAUCAAAAGUGCCAGUUGAUGGUGUUGUCCUCCUCAUGAAAUCUAUGAAUAUUGGCAAGGUUGCAAAUUUUCCUUUCCCAACGCCUCCAGAGACUGAUGCCUUGAUUGAAGCAGAGCAUUGUCUGAAGGUUCUUGAAGCACUCGAUGGCAAUGGAAGGUUGACCCCUCUGGGGAAGGCCAUGGCUCGCUAUCCAAUGAGUCCUCGUCAUUCCAGAAUGCUUCUCACUGUCAUUCAGAUUAUGCAACAGGUGAAAGACUAUGCCCGAGCAAAUCUAGUUUUGGCGUAUGCAGUUGCAGCUGCUGCAGCUUUAAGCUUGGCAAAUCCUUUUCUAGUGAGUUUUGAGGGAAGCCACAAUGAUGCAAAUGAUUUAAACCAUGAUGAGAAAGCUGGUUCUGAAGAAAGCAACAAAGUUUCCAACACAGAAGAAAAAUCAAGGAAAAAGAAACUGAUACAAGCAGCUAAAGCUUCUCGUGAAAAAUUUUCUAACCCUACCAGCGAUGCUUUGACUAUUGCGUUCGCACUUCAGUGCUUUGAACUUUCUGGAAGCCGGAUAGAAUUUUGCAGUGAAAAUGCUUUGCACUACAAGACUAUGGAAGAAAUGUCCAAGCUAAGAAAGCAGCUUCUUCAACUAGUUUUUGGUUCAAGUUUUACUGAUGUACAACAGGAGUUCUCGUGGAUUCAUGGGACUUUUGGGGAUGUAGAAUGUGCUUGGAGGGUUUCCUCAGAGAAACAUCCUCUUCUGCUAAGUGAGGAGGAGAUCUUGGGUCAGGCUAUCUGUGCUGGCUGGGCUGAUCGGGUUGCUAGACGUGUUAAAGGAGCUUCAGUUUUGUCAGAGGGAGACAGAAAGGUCAAUUCAGCACGGUACCAAGCUUGCAUGGUUAAAGAAACAGUUUUUCUCCAUCGUUGGUCGUCUCUUGCCAAGUCUCCACCUGAAUAUUUGGUAUACAGUGAAUUAUUGCAUUCGAAAAGGCCAUAUAUCCAUGGAGCCACAAUUGUGAAAUCAAACUGGCUUGUACAAUAUGCUCGACCAUUAUGUAGCUUCUCUGCACCACUUUCAGAUCCAAAACCUUAUUACAACCCUACAGCUGAUCAAGUGUUCUCGUGGGUGGCUCCAACUUUCGGGCCCCAUCUCUGGCUGCUUCCUUUGCAUGGUUUGCCCAUGAAAGAUGAUUUUAAUAGGGUAGCUGUGUUUGCGUGUUCUUUGCUUGAAGGCCAAGUUCUGCCAUGCCUAAAAGCUGUCCGGAAAUUUCUGGCAGCCUCACCUGCAAGCAUGUUGAAGCCGGAAGCAUGGGCUCUUAAACGUGUGGGUAAUCUGUUAAGUAAAUUAAAUAGGAAAGGAAGAGUUAUCGAUAGUUGUGCUAAACUAAGAAUGUUGUGGGAAGAAAAUCCAACAGAGUUGUUUCCAGAAAUUCAGGACUGGUUUCAGGAAGGGUUCCGCAUCAAGUUCAAAGAACUCUGGGCGGAGAUGCUCCACCAAGCUGCGUUAGAUUCCAAAGAAAGAUUUUCAAAGAGGAUCAGCAAAGGGAAAAAGAAAGUAUGAUUAUAUGUAUUGUUUUAGCUUAGGAAUUAUCAUUACAGGAAGGACUCAGUGCUGUAGUACAAUAUUAGCAAGCAUAUUAAUUUUAAUUCUUUUUCAGCUAAGGAAUUAUUUUAUCAUUUUCAUCACUUUAUUUUUUAAUUAGCAUGCUGGCUCGUUUGGGCCCCCUGAUGUUAGGGCACAAGAGCAGAUCAAAGGUUGACCCAUAGGGUAGGUCCCCUUUGUCGAACUUAAUUUAAGUUGAGAAUCCAUGUUUGCCAGGA